UGGAGAUUGAGAGCCUCAGAGAGCAGCUGGCUGCUGAGCGCGCGCAACACGCCACGGACAUCACAAACAAGGACACGAAGAUGCAGGCUUUGGGGAGCAAGAGCAAGCGCCUUCUCGACGACGCUCGGCGCCAGACCCAACAGGCGGAGUCUGAAAUCCGACAAAAGGAGGCCGAGCUUCAGCGGGAACAGGCCAAGCUCGCCAGCUCACAGUCGGACGCAUCCAUGCUCGAGACUGAAGUCACUCGCCUAAGGGGCCGAGUGCAGGACCUGGAUAGUGCCUUGAAAGCGGCACAAUCAGAUGCACUUGCGGAACUGCCCGGUGCAAGCCUUGCUGGGCAGGCUGUUCUUUAUCGACGCAAGGAAGGUUGGGUUUGGUCUUUGAAGAGGUGGGCAAAGGCCGUGGAUCCGACACAUUCGAGGAAGCAAUCUCAAAUCUGAGAUGGGAGUGUUUGGCUGUUUCUUUUGCAGAGGACGAAUCAUUGGGUUGUGAAUGUGCAGUGGUGAAGCAGGUCUACCACAUGGUUUAUCGAAUGAUCUCUCGAGUUUCUUGGGUUAUGUUUCAGUAGUAUAGAGCACUUCCCCUUAGUAGCCUCGCGUUAAGCAGGUCUAUGACCUGAGUUAUCGAAUGGUCUUACUGGCUGG